AUGGUGGAACUCCGCCCUCACCACUCGCCGCCGACCGCGAAAGCCAAAUCACAGCGCCGCCACAAGGAGCAACUGAAGACUCCGUCAAAGAGCCCAUCGGAGCGCCGUUCAGAGCGCCCCUCUCAAUCUCCUACCGUCGUCCGCACCCUCGUCGCACCAGGAGAGCAGUUGCAUUUGCUCGCCCAUCUCCAACCCAACAUCCUUCCGAGGACAUUCCGCAACUUGAGUCUCUUCGACUUAGCACAAGAGAUACAGGAGAUUAUCUACGCAAACUUGAUCACCGGCGCCGCCACCAGUACCACCCCUACAUCUUUCAUAGCCUCCUGCCGUCGUGCCCUCUACUAUGCCCGCGAGACGCUCCUCGCAAGCAUAAUUCUCAUCUCCCGAUUCGACAUGGGACUCUGGCCACCGAAUCAUCAACCAUUUUUUGACAGCAUGUCAGAGGUCGAACCAUCUAUUGCUCCGCUCGUCCACACAAUCCGCUUCAAGAUUGAGAACAUCGACCAGUCUCACACCCGCUCCUUAAGCCAGCUCUACUUCGAGUUCUUCCGCCGCGACGCUUUCCAUGGCAACGCCGUUCAUCCGCCAACUCCGGCUAUCCUUCGACUCCCUACUUCUUGUAUCGGAGAAGACGCUCUGGGCGAAAUCGCCGAGCUUGAUCAACUGGUGGAGGAUUCCUUUGUGAAUGAGACAGACAUCGAGAGACAGGUCGUUAAUCUCCCUCCACUCCCUAUUGGAACCAAAGCCAUCUCUGUUCAAUUCCUGAUCGACGAAUCGGCAAUGACCGAAGACGACGAAGAAGAUGAAGAGCUUUCUCCAGAUCUCCGCGCGUACCUCCACCAACAGGCCAUGAGAGGCAUUCAGGCUGCCGCUCAGAUCCACGCCUUAAGUGCAGGAGAUCGCGCCCGCGACACCGACGACUCCGACCGGGCUGUCUUUCAAGCAAUCGCAUUCCACACUCGCGUGCCGCAGGAGUACAGGACCGCACUCUGGUGGUUCCGAGAGAGGUAUUUAGGAGGACAGGCGUACGUGGACGAUAAGCAUCUCUUCGCUGGAACCAAAUUGAGGGAAAUGGUUGUCUACGACCGUCGUUCCAAGCGUGAAGUUGGAGGCGUGGCACUCCUUUGA